AUUUUAGUAAAAAAAAAAUGCUUAGCAGUUAGUUAGCAAUAGCAUAGAUCUCAUCCCAAGAUCAAAGAAGUUACUUAAAACAGUGAAAUGAAAUGAAAUGUAAUGAACGAAACUAAGAACCGCAUUCCAUUACGAAAAUCCCCGAAAUAAUAAAAACUCAGGCGAAGCGUCACAGUCACAAAUAUCCACAGUAUCUUCUUACUUAGGCUUAGGGUUCCUCUCUUGUGUUGUUGAAAGGGGAAAGUGUAAAAUCAGGCUUGGUAACUAACAAGAUCAUUGUUUCACAUGGCGAAAACGAGGCCAGGCAAAAAGGAUUUAGACUCAUAUACAAUCAGAGGAACAAACAAGAUCGUAAGAGCUGGAGAAUGUGUUUUGAUGCGACCUACAGACACGUCAAAACCACCGUACGUAGCGCGCGUGGAGAAGAUCGAACAAGACAACAGGAGCAACGUGAGGGUGCGAGUGAGAUGGUAUUACAGACCUGAAGAAUCCAUUGGUGGUCGUAGACAGUUUCAUGGUGCCAAAGAGCUUUUUCUUUCUGACCAUUACGAUGUUCAGAGUGCUCACACUAUUGAAGGCAAAUGUGUUGUUCACUCUUUCAAGAAUUAUACUAAGCUUGAUAAUGUUGCUGCUGAAGAUUACUAUUGUAGAUUUGAGUAUAAGGCUGCUACUGGUGCUUUCACUCCUGACCGUGUUGCUGUGUAUUGCAAAUGUGAAAUGCCUUAUAACCCGGAUGACCUCAUGGUACAAUGUGAGGGGUGCAAGGAUUGGUACCAUCCUGCUUGUGUGGGCGUGACUAUUGAAGAAGCAAAGAAACUAGACCAUUUUAUGUGUGCUGAAUGUUCAUCUGAUGACGACAUAAAGAAACCCCAAACUACAUUUUCUUCGUCACCGGGAUCUGAUAGCAAGGGAGAGGAGAUACAUUGCUGAGGAAGAGAUGGGCAGGUUAAAAUUUGCGUAGCAUUUAGAGUUUGAAGGGGAGAAGGUUUUUUUUCCCCCUUAAAAAAUGUGUCCUCAGAGCAGCUAAUUUUAAAAUUUGCCAUAUUUUGCAGUUAGUUUUUUUCACCAUUUAGCAUGAUUUUAUUCUUGUUACACGAGUAAAAAGACCAACAUGUUUCAGUUAUUUCCAGAACCAUCCAGGCAUAUGUGUGAUCAUUGGUAGUAUCAUGCACCAACAUGCGCGCUUGUACUGUUUCUGUUCUGUAUCAAACUUUGCAUAAUUCAUUUUUAUUCUUAA